AAAAGAAAGACAAAGUUCAUAAAUAACUGUUAUUUCCAUAAUAGAGCUCAAUCACUCCUAUUUUGGGAACUUUUAAUCUAACAUCUCAUUUUUAUAGGACUAAAUAAGUCUUAUUUAAGGAACAAAACAUACUUAGUCCGAUUUAAGAUAAGGAAUAAGGUGAAACUUGCAUGGUCUCCUAAUUAUUUCCUUUGAUUUUACCUGAAUCCCUUCUUGUAUUAGCUAGGAAUGGGAAGUGCACUAGAGACUCUGUGUGGGCAAGCAGUGGGUGCAGGGCAGUAUGAAAUGCUUGGAGUGUACAUGCAAAGAUCAUGCAUCAUCACUUUAUUCACAGCCUUGCUGCUAACCCCUUUCUACGUCUUCACAUCCCCAUUACUAGAGCUUCUUCGCCAAAGCAGAGACAUUUCAGAGCUCGCAGGGAAAUAUGCAAAAUGGGUCAUUCCUCAACUGUUUGCUUACGCAUUAAACUUCCCAGUCCAAAAAUUCCUCCAAGCUCAGAGUAAAAUCUGGGUAAUCACAGUGAUAAACAUCCUCGUACUGGCAUUUCAUGUUGUCUUGAAUUGGGCACUUGUAACAAAGCUUGGAAAGGGACUGUUUGGCGCCGCCAUGGCAGGAAACAUAUCAUGGUGGAUUGCGGUUAUAGCUCAAAACAUAUAUGUUGUUUCUGGUUUCUUCCCCGAGUCAUGGACUGGGUUUUCAAUGUCAGCUUUCAAAGCACUCUCUGGUUUUCUGAAGCUCUCACUUGCCUCAGCUGUGAUGCUAUGGUGAGUCUAAAUUACAAGACCAAGAAAAGAAAUUACUACACAUAGGACUAAAAAACAGAUUAUGCGCUAUAAAUAUAACUCAUUUAGUUCAAACUUCUAAAAAAGAAUAAAAGUAGGUAAUGAUUCUUCUAUAAGCAAAUGAAUCAUAUUUCGAAGCAAAAAACAAUUAGUCCUAUUUGAACAAACACGGUAUGUUUUGGCCCUCUUUGUGGAUUUUUCCCAGCUAAUGGAAUAAAAACAAUGGCAGCUUAGAGUUGUGGUACUACACAGUGGUGAUCCUCAUGGUCGGCAGGUUGAAGAAUCCUGAAAUUGCAGUAGAUGCCAUAUCUAUCUGCAUGAAUCUGCAACUCUGGACGUUGAUGGUCACUUUAGGCUUCAAUGCUGCAAUCAGCGUGCGAGUCUCGAACGAACUUGGAGCAGGGCAUCCAAAAACUGCAAAAUUUGCAGUCGUGGUGGCCGUAGUCACAUCAGCUGUGUUUGGGGUUCUAUUUACAACUGCAGUGCUUGCAAUGGAAAACAACUUCCCAAGGCUAUUUUCUGAUAAAUCCGAAGUCAUAAAAGAGACAUCCAAACUAGCACACUUCUUAGCAGUAACCAUCCUCCUCAACAGCAUCCAACCCGUGCUCCAUGGGGUUGCAGUUGGUGCAGGGUGGCAAUAUUCAGUUGCGAUUAUAAACAUAGGUUGCUAUUACAUAGUGGGUCUUCCUUUAGGAGGUUUGCUUGGCUACAAAGUAAAGCUUGGAGUGAAGGGAAUUUGGAUGGGAAUGUUAGCCGGUACAAUACUUCAAACUAUCAUUCUUGUACUGAAACUGUUACUGGCCAACUGGAAUAAAGAGGCAAUGCAAGCCAAAGAGCGUAUUAGAUCACAUGCCAAUGUAACUCUGCCAGAAAAUAGAGAACAAAUCUGAUUCUCAUCACAGAGCAGUGCAGUGAGAUCAAAUAUUGUGCAAUUGGUUAGAAAAGAAUAUAUAUAUAUAUAUAUACACACACACACACACACACACACACAUAGCUAGAAAUCUCUUGCAUUACAAUAAUUAUAGAAAGGUUGGUUUUAGAAUGAGACGUAAUGUGUAUGAUCUGGAAAUUUGCCAAUGGAUAAAUCGGUUGUAAAUGUAUUCUUUGUAUUUUUUCAAGAGUUUAAAUCAAUACCAAGGCCUAAAGUAUAUCAGUAUAUGCAGCAACCAUAUGCAGAGCUUCCUCAUGCCAUAUAUUUUCGUAAAAAGUAUAAAUGUUAAAAGGAUAUCAACAGUAAAGCUCAAUCAAUAAGGUUAACUACACAAAAAAAUUAGGCCUUUCCCCAUGAAUAUUACUAAAGUACUAUACUAAAUUCAAAAGACAAAAAUGUGAAUUAUAUUACAAAAUUUUCCCAAAAAGUGACAUAUUGAAUGACUAGUUCGCAACGACUCAUUAUGCACCGUUGACUUGUCUACGACUAGUCAUAUUUUUGUCCAAAAAACAUAACUAGUAGUAUUUUUGUCUGGGGAAAUUCAGUUACUGAUGAAUUAGAAAAGACCAUCAAAGUGCAUUCAAACAAUGCUGUAGUAGAAAGCAUUCAAAGGGGUGGAAGAACAGAAGACCAUGACUUGUGUUGCUUACUCACUUUGGAGAUGUGUCUCGGUAUAUGCAUUUGACUGGAAAUGCAAAACAAUGCACAAAAGACUGAGGCAUUAUUAAUCAUUGAAGAAACAGAGAGUAAUGGAUAUCAAGAUAUGUACUACUACGUAUCUAAGUUUGAACUUCAAGAGGAACAAAUCAGGACCUAUUACCUUUGCAAAUAGACUUCGAUUGAAAAUUUGAACCACCAAACAUGGUUGCUCACUUGCUAAGAAGAAUUUGGACAUCAAGUCAAGUGAAAAAAAGUCGUUUUGGAAAACCGAGUAGACCAGCUUUUGGCCUUGCUCCUCCAUUCGCGAUUCAUGAGCUCAAAAGUGGCCCUGGGCCCAUGCUAUUACAAUUUGCGCUUUUGGAU